UACAUUCGCGACACCGCAAAUUUGGUCAGAGGUUAUUUAAAAAUUUUUAUAACGUUGAUUGUAAAAUAAAUCGUUAAAAAUUUUAGACAACUUAUUUAACAAAGUACAGUAUGAGUAAAACAGAAAACAAUGCAUCAUCCAGUGAACAUUUAGAAAAGAGAGCAAAAGUCGAGGAAAAAACUAAAAAGGAAAACUAUGUUAAAAAUAAGAAUGCUUCGAUAUUGAACCCCUUACUAAUUAAUCCAAAACAAAGAGGAAAUCCCCUUAUAAAACAUAUUACAAGUGUACCAUAUGAGUAUUCAGAAAUUGUUCCUGACUAUGUUACAAAUCAAACUUCAUGCAUAUUAUUUUUAUCUCUUCGGUAUCAUCAACUUAAUCCCGAUUACAUACAUGAACGACUAAAAACUUUAGGUUCAUCUUAUAAUUUAAGAGUACUUUUAGUACAGGUUGAUAUAGCUGAUCCACACCAUUCAUUAAAACACUUGACAAGAAUUAGCAUACUAGCUGAUUUAACGUUAAUGUUAGCAUGGAGUGCAGAAGAUGCUGGAAAAAUCAUUGAAACUUAUAAAAUUUAUGAAAUGAAACCUCCUGAUAUGAUCAUGGAACGAAGUGAUACAGCACCACAUCAAAAAAUACAAAGUGCUUUAACUUCAGUGAGAGCCGUUAAUAAAACUGAUGCAUUGACGCUUCUGUCUACAUUUGGAACAUUAAAGGAUAUUAUAAAAGCUCCGGCAGGAGCUUUAGCUUUAUGUCCAGGAUUUGGAACUCAUAAAGCUCAGCGAUUAUACAAAACUUUGCAUGAACCAUUUUUACGCACAGAUACAAAAAUCAACAUAAAAAAAUGAUUCUUUCUCUAUUGUUUUUAAUUAAAUUUUUUACUAUAAAUGCCAUAUAAGA